AUGAUGGCUGAUAAGAAGGAAAUAUACAGAUCUAUUGCCCGUUUCUUCGAUAAAGAGAUAAAUUCCCAUGUCUACUCUUCGGAGAUAAAUGAGGGUCUUGAAGUUGCGAAGCAGUGUAUAGAAACAGCUUUUCAUAUAUCUGAUAGUGAAGUCGGUGAUGUUCCCGAUUUACAAACAUUAUUUAAAUCUCAGUCUCAAAAAAAACCUAAUAUUCUAACAAGCGAACCCUCAGAAGAAACCAAAUCAAUGGCAGAAGCAUUAAAAAAUCAAGGCAAUCAAUGCAUGAAACAGGAGAAGUUUGGGGAAGCUGUAGCCUGCUACAGUAAAGCUAUUGAGCUGUCCCCAUACAAUGCUGUAUUUUACUGCAACAGAGCUGCCGCCCACUCUCGAUUAGAUCAUCACCAAGAUGCAAUUAAUGACUGCUUAAAGGCUUUAGAAAUCGACCCAUGUUACAGCAAAGCAUAUGGCAGAAUGGGUAUUGCCUAUUCUAGCAUUGGUAAUCAUGCUAAAGCUGUUGAGUGUUAUCGAAAAGGCUUAGAGCUUGACCCAAGUAACGAGAAUUGUCAGCAAAAUCUAUCAAUUGCCGAAGAAAAAUUGAAGAAUUCAUCAGAUAAUACUCAGAGUUCAGGAUUAUUUAGUGGUUUUGACUUAAAUUCCUUUUUAAGUAAUCCAAUGAUGCAGAAUAUGGCUCGGCAAUUCAUGAAUGACCCGAAUGCUCAAAAUAUGAUGACUAAUCUACUACGCAAUACAUUUGGAGUAUCAGACAAUCCAACUACAAAUAAUUCACCCCGUAAUACUGAGGCUGAUAAUUCCAACGAAUCAACAGAAUCUAGUUCACAAAGUCAUAAUCCUAGUGGUACUGGUCCUAGUACUAAUGGUCAAAGUAUGGAUGAAUUUUUACGCCUUGGUCAACAACUUGCUCAACAAUUGCAAGCAUCCAAUCCACAACUUGUUAAUCACUUACGUCAAACAUUUCAUACCAAUGUUAGUGGACAAAAUUCAAAUCCGGAAAACAAUACUAAUUCCAAUGAUCAUAACAAUACAAAUUCCAAAUAA